GGAGCGGGAGAGGCUUCGCGGCGGGAGAGGCGGACGCUAGACCUCGUCCGGCGCUCGGCAGCGAUCCCGCGCAGGGUUUCUUCCCGUUCCUUGGACUUCGGUCGCUCAUCUCUCCCUCCCUCCCGUGCCCCUGGCGAAUUGCUUGGUUUUACUCGAGGGCAGGAGAAGGGCGAAGGACACCUCAAUGAAGGAAAGAAGAGCCAGCCAGAAAUUGUCCAGCAAAGCCAUCAUGGAUCCGAAUCAGAACGUGAAGUGCAAAAUCGUGGUGGUGGGGGAUACCCAGUGUGGAAAGACCGCUUUGCUCCACGUCUUCGCCAAGGACUGCUUUCCCGAGAACUAUGUACCCACUGUGUUUGAGAAUUACACAGCUAGUUUUGAAAUAGACACACAGAGGAUAGAACUCAGCCUCUGGGAUACUUCUGGAUCACCUUACUACGAUAAUGUCCGCCCCCUUUCCUAUCCGGAUUCUGAUGCCGUCUUAAUUUGUUUUGACAUCAGCCGCCCAGAAACUCUUGACAGUGUAUUGAAAAAGUGGAAAGGUGAAAUCCAGGAAUUUUGCCCCAACACGAAAAUGCUGCUGGUUGGCUGCAAAUCUGAUCUGCGCACAGAUGUUAGUACACUAGUAGAGUUAUCCAAUCACAGGCAGACACCAGUAUCAUAUGAUCAGGGCACAAAUAUGGCCAAGCAGAUUGGAGCAGCCACUUAUAUAGAAUGCUCAGCCUUGCAGUCGGAAAACAGUGUGAGAGACAUUUUUCAUGUGGCUACUUUGGCCUGUGUAAACAAAACCAAUAAAAAUGUGAAGCGGAACAAGUCUCAGAGAGCAACGAAGCGAAUUUCGCACAUGCCAGGCCGGCCAGAACUCUCUACAGUCACCACAGACCUACGAAAGGACAAAGCGAAGAGUUGCACGGUGAUGUGAAGGAUUCUGUCACCUAAACGGAGAUGGAAAGGACAAUAUGUUUGGGUGGGAUAGGUGAAGACUCAACAAGACGCGCCCAGUGAAAAUGGUCUGUAGUGUGGCCAUGCCAGUGCUUCAAGGCCGUGGUUUACCCUCGGUAGGCAAGAAACUGUACUGGGGGAGUUCGGUAUGUAGAGGAAGCAGUGGGAAGUGAUGGAUUCUGAAGGGAUGUCAAUAUUACUUGGAUGAAUACCAAAUACAAAGAAAGCUCUCUGAAUGUGCAAAAGAAGUAAAAGGAUUAGUGGCGCUUGAGGAAAUGAUGUCCUGGAUGAUACUUAUUUUUAGAUCUAUUUUUGAAUACCGGCUUCGAUUUUGAUUACAGGAUAAAAUGUUGCUUUUAAAAGUAAAUUCAAGAUACUCCUACCCUCUUCGCUGUGAAGUGUGAUCCUGUAAUACUGUUUGAUUCCCUCCCACCUCCAAAGAAUACAGUGGCUUUUGCUUUUCAUUUGUCCUUAAAACAGGAAGGAUUGGUCAUCCAGAGGAAAACACUUGUGCUAAGUGUCUUAAAGUACAGCUUCCAUGAGAUGACUAGAGAUGGAAGAAAUCAACCAAAUUAAGUUGAAAAGAGGCUUAAAUCAGAAACUUCUGAUUUAAAAGAAAACCAGAAGAGAACGGGGAGGGGCUUCAAAUGGCUAUAUAAGAAUAAUUCACAAAUGCAGACUCUCCCUCUUCAUCAUUGUGAUUGUACU